GCCCAAAAAGUGAGGUUUUCUGUGACACUACAGCGGAACACAUCGCCAGUUGCAUGAGGAUUAAAGGAGAAGCGUUGCGGAUUGGAGGAGAGGUGGUCAUGUCCCAGGAGGACAGCCACGAGUGGGAGCUGAGCAAGGAGAAUGUGCAGCCCCUCAGGCAGGGACGGGUGAUGUCCAGCUUGCAAGAGGCACUGUCUCAGCAGGACUCUUCCAGCCACACUGCUGUGCAGCUUAAAAAACAGGAGUUUGAAGCAGAAAUACGAUUUUACUCUGGAGAUGAUCCUCUGGAUGUCUGGGAGCGGUACAUCAAGUGGACAGAGCAGGCCUUCCCUGGGGGUGGCAAGGAUGGCAACCUGGCAGCAGUUCUGGAAAGGGCAGUGCAAGCCCUCCACGGGCAGCAGCGAUACUACAAAGAUCUUCGCUAUCUUCAUCUCUGGCUCAAGUUUGGCGACUGCUGCAACGAGCCCUUGGAUCUGUACAGUUACCUGCACAGCCAGGAGAUCGGCACCACGCUGGCCCCGCUCUACAUCACCUGGGCAGAGGCACACGAGGCCAGGGGCAGCUUCAGGAAAGCAGAUCUGAUAUUCCAGGAAGGACUCCAGCGCAAGGCUGAGCCUUUGGACAAACUCCAGGCUCAUCACAAGCAGUUUCAGGCCCGUGUUUCUCGGCAGACACUACUGGCACUUGAGGAAAGUCCUGAUGGAGACAAUAUGGGAUUGCUGGGAAUUGAGGAGCCUCAGAGAAGUUCGCUGGCAGAUCUCAAAGGCAGAGGGAAGAAGAAAGUGAGAGCCCCCAUAAGUCGUGUGGGAGAUGCAGUUAAAGUCAUGAACCCAAACAGAAGCUGCCAGCCUCAGGCUUCUCUACAGCUUCCAAACGCUCCAAGUUUUGCCGUAUUUGAUGAAAAUUCUGUGUCUGGACCUGAGAUUCCCACACUUACAGCACAGUCAUGGCCAGCACCUCCAGUUCCCAGGGCCAAGGAGAAUGAACUCCGCGCAGGACCGUGGAACUCUGGCAGGGACGAGCUGCAUGGAAUUGAACGUUUGAGUGAGGAUGCGAUUGUGAGCGGCUCCUACAAGAACAAGACCCUUUGUGCCAACCCAGAGGACACGUGUGACUUUAACAGGGCUGCCCACCUGGCCUCAACGCCCUUUCACGGGGUGGGAGCUCAGAGAGUCCCAGCUCCUGCUUUCUCUCAGGGUGAACUGAAGGAAGAUAGUCCAGAAUCCAGGAGUGCACCUCUGAGUCAGGAGACACCGGUGGGUGAAGAGGCCUACACUGAAGCUCUGAGUGUAAAAAAACUGAGCCCAAUCAUGGAAACCAGCCUGGAAGAUGCUCACUCAUCAGGUGCUUCUGUCUCAGGAGGUUCUCUGUCCUCUGUUACACAAACAUCUGCUGUGAAAUACCUGCAGAUCAGUGAGAAACUGGAGCUGGCUCAGAGCUUGCCUGCUGAAUUGGUUACUGAUGAUGAUGUGGCUCAGAUCCUGUGGAGCCCUGAAGAGCGUAAAAAGCUUCUGAGUUCUGUGCUGUCCUCAUUGGCCGCUUCUCCAGGUUUUCACUUGGAGGCUGGAGCUCUGCCUCACAUGGAGGUUGAGAAAGACGUUGAGCUGGGAAAUGAGACUUACUGCAUCAAAAUGGAAUAUUGGAACAAUGAAGAAUACAAGAUGUUUUUUGCCAUUCCAACUGGUUGCAUUUUCCAGUGGGAUGCAAAGGGAUUUGCAAUAAAGGUGUAUUCUCAGCCUGUGCCUUGGGAUUUUUAUAUCACCCUUGAGUUACAGAAGCGUUUGAAUUCUGACUUUGACCAGAGCUUCAGUGAGAAUUACAGCUGUUACCUGUACCAGGAUGGCUGUGCCAUUUUGCACAAGUAUACAAAUUGCUUCACACUCAGGGAUAUUCUCCAUGACCGUAAGUUCAUCACAAAGGAAAUCAUCUUGUUGGUUGUUCAUGAUCUUCUGCAUGUGGUAGAGAAGCUGCACAAAGCUGAGAUUGUCCAUGGAGAUCUGAGGCCAGAGGUGUUUUUUCUGGGAGACAGGAUCUGCGACCCGUUUUCCAAUGAGGAGGUGCUAAAUGCUCUGAAGGUGCUGGAUUUCUCUCACAGUCUGGAUUUGAGGCUACUGCCUCAAGUCAGCUUGCCCUAUAACUUUCCCACAGCUCAGACUCCUCAUGGACAACAGCUUCUGGCAGAAAGUUCUCUUCCUUAUCAGGUUGACUUGGUUGGCAUUGCAGAUAUAGUCCAUUUGCUGUUGUUUGGGGAUCAUAUCCAGGUCUAUCAGGAGAAUUCCACCUGGAAAAUCAGCCAAAACUUUUCAAAGACCCCUGACAGUGAUUUCUGGAGUAAACUUUUUGAGAGAAUUCUGAAUGCAGAUGGUAAGUCCACAGUACCUCUGCUGAGAGAGUUGAGAGAGGAAAUCAGAGAAAUGUUUGACAGCUCUUUCAAAGAACGACUUUUGUUGAGCUUAGCUGCUGUGGGAGAAACUUUCCUCCUGGUGAACAUCCAGUGACUUCAUAGGAAACAAACACAUUUUGUGUUCUAGAGAAGAAUUUGUUGUUGCUUUCUUAUGUUUUCAAAUGUAAAAUGUAAACAUGAGAGUGAUUGGAGCCAUUUCUGCAAUACUUCACAUGGGACUUGCUCAAGAAUGUUUCUAUUGCAUGAGUGCAUGGAAAACCUCCUGAGCCUCUACGUGAACCUUUCUGUGUCGGAGCAGUUUGUGAGAGAAAAUUGUUUGUCUUAACUGCCACCUCCCCUUCUUGUACAGCUCCUUAAAAAUUUAACACCUAACUUGCACCACACUCUGAAAUGUCUUUGUCCUGCAUUCAGUUGGUCCUUCAGUUGGUGUUUAAUCAAUAAAGUUGUGUUUUGGUA